AUGCUCCGCCGAGCAGCUGGCCUGGUGCGGAGGCGUGGCUGGACGAAUAGCAGCCUAAUUAUAUCCAAUGUUUCAAAUGACAGUGCAGACAAUAUUGAUAUUCCCAAAAAUAUCUGCAUGUUUGAAUUAUUACUCAAGACAAUUUGUGGUUUCUUUUCAAUAGGAGGAGAAGUCACAAAGCCCAGAUUUACUCAGUAUUUCCAUGGCAGUCUUGCCAGUCUUACCAUACGGCCAGGCAAAAUUAAGAGUCAAAAAGUGAUUUCCUGCUUGCAGGCUUGCAAGGAAGGUCUGGAUAUUAAUUCCCUGGAGAGUCUUGGCCAAGGAAUAAAGUAUCACUUCAAUCCUUCCCAGUCAGUCCUUGUUAUAGAAGGAGAUGACAUUGAGAAUAUAAAUCAAGCUCUCCAAAAAGUCUCCUAUAUCAACUCAAGGCAGUUUCCAACUUCAGGUAUUCGCCGCCUUAAAGUGUCAUCCAAAGUCCAAUGUUUUGGUGAAGACACCUGCAUUAGUAUUCCAGAUAUAGAUGCCUAUAUAAUGGUGUUACAAGCCAAGGAGCCCAAGAUUACAAUAACUGGAAUGGAUCACUUUGCAAGACCUGCCACACAAUUUGAACAUGAAAGAGGAGUGAUUCUUUUACCGGAUGUCAGAAUUGUCAGCACGGUUUCUAAAAUGGAACAUCCCUCUGACCUGAAGGAAACUGUAACUAGAGAUCAUAAACCAGUUCUGUUAGAAAAAAUGGAUCACAAUUUGGAUUUUUGUGAUAUUUUGGUAAUUGGAUCAGAAUUGGAUCCCAAGCAAGAGUGUUUGGAAUUGGACAAGAAAGACCUUCAAGGGAAACAUAUAGAAGCCACCAACUCUACAGCUGGAUAUUCAAUAUAUGGUGUGGACACUAUGAAAAACUAUGAAAAGGUUUUACGGCAAAUUCGCUAUCGUAAUUGGCAUACAUCUUCCUUUUCUGAUAGAAAGUUUAGAAUCAAAUGUUCAGAACUGAAUGGGCGCUAUACCAGCAAUGAAUUCAAUUUAGAAGUUAAUAUUCUACAUAAUUCCAACUCUAAUUCCAUGGAAUAUGCAAAUUUGAUGAUAAAAGAGCCACAAUUUCUCCAAACUAUCCAUCACCCAGAGGAAAGCACAAACAAUAUGCAAAGCUCAGUACUUCCAAGUAUGGCUACCUUCAUCAUCAUAAUCUGUGUCAGUGUCUUAGUCUUCAUCAUAUCUAUGGGGGUGUACAGAAUUCAUUCAGCUUGCUACCAUACUUCAAAGGAAAAUGAAACUAAUAAAGAAAAUGAAAUGGACUGGGAUGACUCAGCUCUGACUAUCACAAUCAAUCCCAUGGAAAAAUAUGAACAACCUUGCGGAGAACAAGAAAGUGACGAGGAAGAAAUUGAAGAUGAAGAUGAUACAACCAGUGCAGAGUCAGAUGAGACUGAAGAGGAAGAAGAAGAAGAAGAAGAAGAGGAAGAAGCCACAGGGAAUAAAGGAAACAAACAAAAUACAACCAGGCAAGAUCAGUUGGAGUGGGAUGAUUCAACAUUACCCUACUAAAGUCUUUAGUUUUAUUUCUUUCUUUUGUAUAAACCAAUACUGUGUAUUUUGAGUCAAUCCUACUGAUUCAACCAUAUCUUGGAUCUAUGAAUUAAUUGACAGUUUAACUUCCUAUUGACUACAGGUGAUAAAACUGCAUUGUCUAAAUUUGAUAUAGUUGUAUCACAACUACUCCUAAUAGUUGUUCCUUUCCUAAUAUGUGAGUAAUAGCACCUGGUAAAGCACAGCAUACAACUAUUAAAGAGUCACUUGUAAAAAGGACACCAACCUGACAUCAUGCAUUUGUUAUUGCUUCUCUAGUUCCAUGAAAAACCCUGUUCCUUUUAAAUGUCUAUAAUCAAACCCAAAUCAGAAUAUAAAGAGGAUAGUCCAGGUUGCUUUUAAAAUUUUCCAAAGUUCACACACACAUAUAUAUAUAAAACCUCCUUUUGGGAUUCCUUUUAACUUUGCCUUGCUAAAGAUCCUACUGUCAAAGACAGAAGAUGUACAUGCUAUUCAAUGCACAGGGCAAAAUCCAUUUGCACAUAUCUUCAUUUUCACUUUUUUCUUGUGGUUAUUUGACUUUUGCAGAGAGUUUCAAAACACACUGAACUGUAUAUGUCUGUGCAUGUAUAAGAAUGCACUGCUAAUGUCCAAAGUUUGCUAAAAGAUUUCUUGUCUAGUCCCUCAAUUUCAAACUUAGUUAAAAGGCAUGUAAACCCUAUAAAUGGAAACCUUUGUCUGUGGUGGUUUUUCAGUGCCACACAGAUUAAGAAAUGUUUUCCCUUGUGUGAAAGAUAAAACUAGAGUGUUACUGUAGCUAAUACCCAGACUUUUGAUCUUUAAAGAAAGUAUCUUCUGAAAACAAUAUAAUUAUAAAUAAUCAUACAGUUGCAGAAUUUUGUGGCAGCUCUGAACCAUCAUAGAGUUUGCUUGGAAUUCAAAUAUGUGCUACUGUAUAUGUAGGAAUUUAAAUAAUAUUUAUAAUCUCAGGAAAAAAGAUCAACUCUUUUGCAUGUUAAAACACUCAAAGCUCUCAAUGCAUUGUUACA